UUCCAAAUUUUUAUUUCUGUUCGUGUUUGAGACAUAGCUACAAUCAUGUCAGGAAGAGGCAAACAAGGCGGCAAGACCCGCGCUAAGGCAAAGACUCGCUCAUCUCGGGCCGGGCUGCAGUUCCCAGUUGGCCGUGUUCACAGGCUCUUGAGGAAGGGUAAUUAUGCCGAGCGGGUGGGAGCCGGAGCUCCAGUCUAUCUAGCCGCAGUGCUCGAGUACCUGACCGCUGAGAUCCUGGAGUUGGCCGGCAACGCUGCCCGAGAUAACAAGAAGACCCGCAUCAUCCCCAGGCACCUGCAGCUCGCUGUGCGCAACGAUGAGGAGCUCAACAAACUGCUCGGAGGAGUUACUAUCGCUCAGGGCGGGGUCCUGCCCAACAUCCAGUCCGUGCUGCUGCCCAAGAAAACCGAGAGCUCCAAGUCGGCCAAGAGCAAGUGAAGUGCCCGCUCCCAGCGCCCCCAUCAGGUAACAACACAGGCUCUUUUCAGAGCCGC